UUUCAAUACACUGACAUAUUACUCCAUCGUUGAUGGUUAACAGCUUUUGUUCCCUAAUAUAAUACAUGUACUGUAGGGUGAUGAGUGUUUGUCCAGGCACCGUUAUGGAGACACCCACGUGGGCCACCUUCCACUGACUGCUGGGUCCGGUUGACCACAUUCUGAUUCAGAUUCAGGUUUGUCCCGCGAGAGGGCUAUUUUAUUUGGCACCCCCUUGCAUCCUGUGCAAGGCUAAGCUCAAAAGCGUUUACAGCGCCCAACUGCGAAGCACGCCGAGUUCAUGCUUGUCUUCUUGACUAAUGCAUUAAGGACGGAAGUGCCUGAAGGAACUGUCCAGAAGGGCCGACCAGAGGACUCAGGUUAACCGUUUUGUUCACAAUCCCCAGAGCUGUGUAUGUAUAUAAAUUGCAUAUUGCGUGCGUAUAACACUGUGGCAGCGUAGAAUAGCUAAUGUUUAUUGUUAUUAAUAGUUUAAUAUGAAAUUGUCCUCGUGUGCAGUAAGACAAUUACCACGACGUCACACAUCCGUUGCAUCAGCUGAUUCCCAAACAAAACCCACCUUGCAUCAGGAGGGAAUAUUCGUUGAAGUCUCUGGUGGGGUAUGGCAGGGGCCCCCCGGGGGGAUGGGCGUCCUCGUGGUCGGCAGGCAGCUGGCAGCACCAGACAAGAGACCAGACGUCUCCUUGCGCACAUCCUGUACAUACGGGUCGACGCAGGCUCUGUCAUUCAUACCCAUUGUUGUGAUUGUGUUCCUGCCUGUCCGCUUAACUGGCACAAGAUCUACGACUACCUAUUCCAGGGUUUAAGCAGCGAAGUGUGUUAGUGAUUCAGGGUGUGCAUUUUGUCCUUUGUGUAGUGAGUGAGACUGUAACAUCACACAAGCAAGACCCACAUAACAGCUGGGCGAGCCAGAGAAACUAUUGAGGAGCUGCACCAUUACUUCACGUCCUACGCCUCGGGUGCCGCCAACUACCACUACUGGGUCCCCGGUCUCGUGUACCUCCUCCAGGAUGCACCAGACAGCUGUACCGACGGCCGUGUGGCAGCGGAGGACCAACAAGAUCAUCGCUGCCGGCAUCACCAUAAUCGGUCUCACCAUGAUGCUCUCGCUUAUUCCCCAGUGCAUAUAUAUUGGUAUCGUCUUCGUCACCUUUGCCCUCAUCUGGCUCGGGUGGAUGACCAUGAAGGAGAAGAAGAUAGAGCCCCCACGUCCUGAGGGUGAACAUCCAGCCUCUCCUGUCCUGUUCCUCGUGGCCUCACACCAUCUCCGUCAGUCAUCCCGAGGUCCAACUUUACCAGACCCCGAGGACAAACCUCCAACCUAUGACCAGAUUUUAAAGCUUGAUGGCCUUCCUCCAGACUAUUACUCCGUCCUCAGUGAGAAACCUCCCAGAUAUGAAGACGUAAGUCCAGCUAUGGGAUGGGGCGCAUGUGCACUGCCUACUGAGUUUUACACAACUGAGCUCCCAUGUGUUCACACCACUACAGUUGGCUCAUCUGUGCCUUUAGAAGUUGCUCUGCAUCCAGAGUCUGCCUCUUCAUUUCUUAAUGAGUCUCCAUCCUCCUGGUCAGCGCAGUCAGUCCUCUCAACCACUUAUACUGCUGCCCAAAACCCAAGUUUUGCUAGUGACAACCCCAGUUUUCAGCCCACCGUAGAAGACGGUAAUGUUAAAGAUUUCCUGACCUAUUUAGAGAUAACCAAGGAUAAUGGGUCGUUUCAAGAAGAGAGAAGAGAAUUUGGAAGAGAAGAUGCGAACAAAGUAGAUACAGAAUUUAGUAAUAUUUGAGCUUCUAUAACAAUAUUGAUAGCUGGUUGCCCACAAAAUCUGUUGGCUAUGAGGCCGUCCUUCUGAAUGAUAAAAAUGUUUUACACAUCUCAAUUUUUAUUGCAGUGUGAAUUAUGGGAGUUCUCUUGUUAUUUGUAUGACUAUUCUUUGUUUUCCUUGGUUAUGCCCAGAGAAAUUUUAGAAUGGUGCUUCUUAUAUGCUUACAAGCUUACAACGGUAACCUCCCAUAUGGUACAUUUUUAUCAAAAGGUAUGCAGGUAAAUAAUCACUUCCUGUUUCAGUCAUUUUCUUGUCAAUUUUUGUUUUGUUUUAGUGUAAACAAAUUAAAGUAAUGAAAUUUGAAAUUUUAUAUUGUGACGAAGUAAGUAUUGUGAGAGAUGGUCCAACUACAAAAUAUCCUCUGUGCCCAUUAGAAACAUCCCAAUGUCUAAUAGCGCCAGAUAAUAUUUUGCUACGAGUAGUCUUUGUUAUCCAUUUAAUUCAAGGUUGAAUAGAUUCUGUUUGAAGGAGUGGUUGACUUUGGUCCAGUGAAGAAUUCAGGUUUCUUCCUCAUUCAUUGACUAGCUCUUCAUCCCCUUUCUUCAGUAAUGCAGUAGAAAUCAUAUUUCAGCCUCCUUAGUUCCUGCAGAUUUAAAACUCCAUCAUGGAAAGAGAAAGAGAUUCCAGGUCACUCGCAUCUUCUUUUUUGGUCAUAAAAUUGGAUUUUAUAUUUUUAAUUGUUUAAAUUUUUCAUUUAAGACAUAUGUGUACUCAAUAAUAUUCUUUACCAGUUAGAAAUUGGACAGAUGCGGACAAGUAAUGUAGUCUCAGAAAAAAGUAGCUCUUCUCUAAUACUUACUUCACUGUCACGUGGAAUCGAGUACUACAUCUGUGAUCGACCCAGCCGGUCCUUCUCUAAUAGAAGAAAGGGACUAAGUUCCUCCUUCCAGAAAGAAUAUGAAGAAAACAAUAUAUGCGGUAUAUUCUUUGCAUAAGGACCAUGAAAAGUGUAAGUGGAUCCUGUAGGCCUUUUGGCCCAUUAAGGCAGUACAUACUAUAUACAGUACAGGCACUCUGUAGACAUAGUGUUUAUUUGGUUGGUACACAUGGAGGCAGUGUGACCAGCACUGCACUCAAUCACCCUCACUUUCCACAGUUGUAAUUAUGAAUUCAUUCAGUAUCUCGCCCCAUCUGGCAGCUUGUUUAAGCAAGCUGAAGAACUUGUUCAGUAAAAACUCUAGGAUUGCUUGUCUAAAAUAAAUUCUUAUCCCCUGAAACUUGAUAAGUACGGUAGUAGAGAAUUACGGUCCUGCAACCCAAAUAUGUGUACUAGAUAGACAGGUUACUAUUUUUACUUUUACUUUUAUCCUUUUCACCACUGAUUGGCUCAUUAGCUGCUUGGGCAGUCAGUCAUGUCUCUGUUACACAUUGUUGGCAUUUACUGGCUCCAGAGUGUAUCUGUACCUGCACCAGUGCCGUUCAAGUCUGUGUCUUGAAUAAGGUCACACUUGGUGCCGUCACAACACUCACUGGCAGAUUGUUCCAAGAGUUCACAAUUAUCACUCCGAAAAAGUUUACCCUGACAAUUUUUCGAACUUGUGGCGUCUUCAACCUUGAGCUGUGUCCCCUAAUGGGGCGGGCAUCCGUCAGCUCCAUGUAUGAACGCUUGACCGAGUAAUACCCUCGAGAUGUUUAUAAACUUCAAUUAAGCACCCCUUGCCUGUCUAUAGUAUGAGCUAAGUAGUUGCAGGCGUUCUAAUCUCUCCAGGUAAUUUAGGUGCCGUAGUGCAAGCACCAGUUUGGUGCCCCUCCUUUGGACAGUGACCUGUGUAGGAUCCCUCCAUUGUUCCUGAUAAUUUUGUCAAGGCCUAAGGCCUUCAGUCUAUUUGGAAAAUCGAGAUGAUUAAUUCAGGAAUCAUCUUAGUCGCUCUGUGUUGCACCAUUUCUUUGGAUGUUAGGUAUUUCUGGGGUAGGGAUUACAUGCAGUAAUCCAGACUGUAAUGUAAAUGAGGUUAAUGAAGUUGAAGGAGCAUUUUCCUGUCUUUGUAUUUGAAGGUUCAUUUUAUAAUUUGAAUUUGUCAAGCAGCUUAGAAAAAUCCAUGUACAGUACAAUACAUCCACUGGUAAGCCUUCGUCCACCUACUCUGUUACCAUUUCGAGGAGUUAUGAUUUUCCCUGACAUGAACCUCCUCUACUAUUGCCUUCUCAAUCUUCAAGACUAAAUGGAGAAAGUUUUCUCCCUCUUGGGUUCUCACACGUGUUAUGUGAUGAAUGAUUCUUGAAUGGGGUCACUAUGAUAAAUUCUGUGUGACAAACUCCAGGUAUGGCAGGGCCAGUAAUUGAUGGGGUGGGAGAAUAAACUCUGAUUGAAAGGAGAAUAUGAAGUGCAGGUUCUUUUUCUUUUAUCCUCUUCAUUACUGAUCUGCUCGUUAACCGCUUGGGCGAUCGUUCACGUCUCUGUUACGCACUGUUGGCAAGUACUGAAUUUGUCUCUGGACCCAGAGUCUACCACUCAUUUAAGUAAGAUCUAUAUUGACUGUAAAUGAACUGGAUAAGACAGGCUGCUUGUAGUAAAACAUUGCCUGGUCAUUCUAUCAGUUUAGAAGACUUUAGAAGACUUAUGGUGGUCAUGUUAUCUUAAAGGUCAUUCUUUAAGGACUCAAGUCGAAUUUAAAGUCACAGAAAUAAUAAGAAAUUCACUUCUGAAGGUGGUGUUACUGUACAUAACUAACAUAACUAUAUAUUCAGCACUCAACUGACAAAAGAUUUUGUAAUAAACAUAAAUUGGGGACUGAAUUUUUAUAAAACUCAGGUACCUGUACUGACAAUAUUUGACAAAUCUGUGUUGUUUGUAGGUGUUGAGUGAGCCUCUCAAAUUUACUCAUUCAGGUACUGCAGAUUCCGUUACAAACCACAUGAUUCAUAUAUUAGUGAAUAUGCUUUCCCUUGGUAUACUCUGUGAUAGAGGUGAUACAGAUAGUAUAUGUAUACUGUACUCUGUGAUAGAGGUAAUGCAGAUAGUAUAUGUAUACUGUACUCUGUGAUAGAGGUAAUGCAGAUAGUAUUGAGAGUGGCUUACAACUCUAAUUUUAAUUGAUGCACAAAAUUCUUGAAUUUGUCAUGAAAGAAAAUUCAUUUUUGUGACUUGCUCUUACUGUACUGCAUCAUUAGAGUAUAAUAUUUAUACUAAAGGUGCAGAAGUGUACACACAAGUGUGUGACAUUCUCUACUUAUUAUGUCUUGGAAAUAAAAAAAAUAUAAAUGUAUUAAUAGUAACAUAAUUCCUUUCAAGAGAAGAUAAAAUCUACUUGUAUAGUAGAGUUUUCAUGAUCACUUAAGUAUGCUAUCAACUAUGAACCCAUAUUGGCUUUUGUUUAUCUCUAGAAGCUGAAGUAACAUGAUUUUCAUGUAUAAGGCCAGAACCUAGGAUAAGGCACUCAUUACCUAGCUCAAGUUGCUGUAUUAAGUGACAGCACUUAUCUUUUAUCUUGUGCAGCACAGUGCUGCUUAACACCCUUAACCAUUGUAUUCAUAUCCAUGAAAGGGCCCUUACAUUCUCCCAGGAAUCAUUAUCUAAUUUUAGUACAGUAGCAAUUAAGUCAUUUUUCUAUUUUCUAGCUGUGAGUAGCCAUAGCUACUGCGUCAGCUGCCUGAUCUUAUGUGAUACUGCAUCUUAUCUAAACCAAAGAUUCUACAAUGUAACGUCUUUCCUCAGUUUGAUUCAUUCUUUUAGACAUUACUGUUAGAUACAGGGUAUCUCCAUUAACCAGUCAUUCACCUUUUGUUUUGUUUUUUUAUUAAAAAUGGUUUUAAUGACUGAGUUAAAUAUUUUGGUUGCCAAUACAGUACUGUACAUGUACUGUACCUGUACCGUGUUUGAUGAUAUCGAUGAAACAAUAAAAAUUUCUGUGGUCUUUCCCAUUUCUUGUGUACUUACAUGUGAUAUUGCAUAUUUUUAUAGGUCCUUUAUACAAUAAAAACAUAUAAAUUAA